UUUCAUUAUCUUCUCUCUUUCCUGCGAAUUCUCCUAGUUUCUUUCCAGCCAAACAGCAGGCGAGCUCGGGCUCAAGGAUAAGGAAGCUGACUAGGAGAUACUCAAAGGAGCAAAAUGGAGAAGUAUUUUGGCAAUGCAUAUAGGGGCGACCCCGGUGUUCCACACGCAGAUCCAGAUCGAUUCUGGAACAUAUGGAUCGGCUCCGCCACCUUCUCUGUUCUCACCUGGUUCAAUCCCUACUUGUGGCAGCUCUCCAACCAAUUCAACUGGCAUGACAAAGCCAUGUUAUUUGAACAGUAUCACUGGAAGAAGGCAAUGAAAAAAGGGCAGCCAUAUAAGUUUAAGUGGAACGAGUACAUGGAUAAGGACCUCCGAGAGUCUUAUUAUCACAACUGGCCGGUUUAUUUCCCGUAGCCUUUUCGUCUACAUGGGCAUUUACUCUAGUUUUUGUCAAUGCAAUAUGAAUUAUGGGACCAAGGAGACUCUUAUUUGUAUCCUCUGUUUUUGUCAUUUUCAGACUUUGAGAUCAUGAAAUUAUGUUUAUGUUUCCCUUCAUACUUGAUACUCCCGCUGGUUUUCAAUCUUCGACUUGAAUGCGUUUUAACUCUU